AUGGAAUCAAUGAUUCCCUUCAUCUCCAGCCGCUGGGAACUUCGAGGAAGAGCUGUGGGUUCAGACCUAGGAAACCACUGCUUCCAGUUCAGAUUUGACUAUGCAGAAGAUCUGGAAAAAGUUCUGGAAAACAGACCUUACCAAUACGCAAGAUGGAUGCUCAUCCUCCAAAAAUGGGAACCCAUCAUCUCAUCCACGUUCCCUUCUCAGAUCCCUUUCUGGAUCCAGCUCAAAGGCAUCCCCCUGCACUAUUGGAAACGGGAGCUUCUCAGCAACAUUGGCCGAGAAAUCGAGUUGGGAAGACACUGCUCCUACUGCUACAGCCUGAACCACGAAGUGGAACUAUGCCUUGAGAACCCGCUUCCUCUUAAGCCUACAAGGAACUAUGCUGCAACAUCAAGGGAGAGACCUUACCACCAAUGCCAAGAUAGACACGGGAGACCUUUUAGAGAAAGACCUUCUACAAAACGAGCUGAAACUGCCAAAUCUACGGAACCUGAACGUCAGAAAUCCCCUUUGGUGAAUACACAGGCAGAGCGACAACAACAAACCACCAACCCCUCUCAACAGCACGGGGAACGCCAAGAUGACGCAAACCAACAGAUCCAACUCCCGCCAAGAUCAAACCACUACGAACGAAACCUCGGCCAAGCAUAUCCACGGAGAGGAAACCCCCGGAUCUCACUGACACGCCAAAUAUGGAGAGAGAAACGACCAAGUCUGGUGGAUUAG